AUGAAAUCCGUAGCAAUAGUCGGAGCUGGUCCAUCAGGUCUGGUAGCUGCCAAGACACUUCUCCAUUCCCAUCCUCUGGGAACUUUCCAAGUCUCAGUCUUCGAACAAACCAAUAGCGUGGGCGGUCUCUGGGCCGUCGAAGCAAACCCAGACCAUACACUCAUCAAUCCGGAUAUGAGCACCAAUCUAUCACAAUUCACCGUUUGCUUCUCCGAUCUAGCAUGGGACACAUUAGAGCUAAAACCUGCACCGAAUGCUUUUCCGAAGGCUUGGCAAGUCAACCGUUACCUGGAAUGUUAUGCACAGAAGUUUCUACCCGAUACUAUUAUCCAUUUCCGAACGAAGGUCAAAUUUGCGGAGCGGAUACAACUUGGUUGGAGAACCACGCUUACGGAUCUGGAGACUGGGGGGGAAAGGGUCGAGAUAUAUGACUAUCUGCUCGUUGCAUCCGGUCUUUUUUCCGAACCUGCACCGAUUCGGUUCAACUUCGAUGAUAUAGCUCUAGGGAAGAACCCAGUACCGAUACUGCAUAGUUCAGAAUUCCGAAAGCUUGGUGAUCUGUCUCUCACCGGACAACAGCCUUCGAAAGGCAGGAUUCUCGUGAUCGGCGGCUCCCAUUCAGGUGCGGAAGUGGCAGCAGGAAUCGCCAUGCAGAUGUCUGAUGCACGAUACUCUACUAAUGGCUCAGGUAUUCAGCCACUGGAUGUUAUACAUGUGGCACCACAUCCUAUAUCUGCUAUACCCCCUUUUGUUCAGCCGAGAAACGGAUCGCCUCCUACAUUCUUGCCUCUGGAUACUCUUCUCAAUGACUUGUCUUCCAGGAAAGAUGACCCAAUUUCUUUCACUUUUGGACAUCUGACUCCGGAAAAGACGGAGCAGCGGCGAAUCAUGUUGGACAGACUCGUGAAGGGAGCAAAUGAUGAGGACAAGAAUUCUGACGAGAGAAAGGAAGAUGCAAGCUCGUCUGAAGGCCCAUAUGCGGUUGUCAGUGACCACUAUGCCGGCUUUGUUGCAUCUGGCGCCAUUACUCCUCUGUUGGGAAGAGUAACCUCAGUAGCACACCAAAGGGAUGACGCGCAAAAAACCACUGGUUUCGUCAGGGCAAAAAUAGCACAAAGCUCGUCGGACAUCGAGGUCCAGGAUAUUGCCGCUAUCGUCAACGCGACUGGAUUUUCCGCUUCGCCAGCCCUCAGCUUCCUAUCUGACGACGUCAAACACCGCCUCGGAUUCGAUGCUUCGUGUCCUCGACUACCCCUCCUCCUUAAUAGUGACGCUUCUACUUCAUCGGAUGCAGCGCCAAAUAAUUUGGCGUUGAUUGGGUUCUCGUAUGGCUCAUACUGGGGCAUUGUAGAGACUCAAGCUCGCAUGAUAGCACACAGAUGGUAUCUUGAUGACCACCAUAUACCCCGACAAGAUAAAUCUCGUGAAAACGAGAAAUCUAAGAAGAUCUACACGUUCAUAACAGAGCUGAGAACCAUGAUGAAAGAUGACCCAUCGGCAGUAGCCCAAAACUUCCUCGGCGACUAUCCCGGCCUCAUGGAAGAGUGUUUUCGACAUCUUAACCUCCAGCGUGUCGACUUGCAGUACGGACCGAAAGCCGGAAUGGUUAGUCCUGCUCGGUAUGUCGACAAUGGAUGUGGCCGCGCCGAAGCAGAAAAGACCAUGAGCAAGAUCCAGAAAAUGCAGGAUGCGUCUGCAAACCACAGCGCGUUUGCAGCACGAGCGGCUUUCACGGCCUUGCAUGGGACUUGGAAGGCCAAGAGUAAAGGGUACCUGGACCCGGUCUUCGAUUUGCUGCCACUGAUGGCGACUUUCCACCCUCGGCGUACCACUGCCGUGGGCUUCGAUGCCGAAUACCUGUUCCUCCUACACAACAAGACUGAGCCUAAGCCGUCUGGCCAAUCCUCUGCCUCAAAAGGUGAGGUAGAGAGGCGGAUGUAUCGACUCCGAGAAAUAGACAAUGAAAUCGAGGUUUGGACCGCUGAUCAUCCAACGGCAGAGAAAAUGCUGCUGAAGCUUGAAUUUGGCAAGGCAACUGCUCAUGAAUAUGAGAAGUCUCUUGCGGUCACUAACUCUACCACGGACGAACUUGCGACUUACAAGUUCACUUUUUCGGGAGUCCAAGUUCCGAGGUUUAAGAUAUCUGUUUCCUCAAAGACUGGAUCCAUUGAGGGUGGUUCUGAACUCGAGUUCUCGCGUUGA